UGGAACAAGGCUGGAGAGCAAGGAAGAUUGCCUUUGCUUAUUUUAAGCUUGAAGAAGAAGAGUGAAGAAAGAAGACCAGCUGUUGUGUUUAUGCAUGGCACAAGGGCAAACAAAGAAUGGUUAAGGCCAUGGCUUGAGGCAUAUGCUUCACGGGGAUAUGUAGCCAUUGGUUUAGACUCUCGCUACCAUGGGGAAAGAGCUGACUCCAAAACCGCCUAUCAAGAUGCUCUUAUUUCAUCUUGGAAAAAAGGAGACACAAUGCCUUUUAUCUUUGAUACUGUCUGGGAUUUGAUCAAACUAGCUGAAUAUCUCACUCAGAGGAAAGAUAUAGAUCCACAAAGGAUAGGAAUCACCGGUAUUUCCUAUACAGGAAUGCAUGCUUGGUUUGCUGCUGCAGUUGACACCCGCUAUUCAGUAGCUGCCCCUUUGAUCGGUGUUCAGGGAUUUAGAUGGGCGAUAGACAAUGAUGCUUGGCAAGCAAGAGUCGACAGUUUAAAACAUGUAUUUGAAGAAGCAAGGAUUGACAUGGGAAAGAACGAAAUCGACAAAGAAGUGGUCGAGAAGGUAAGAAGCAAAACAGCUCCUGGUCUAGUCUCUCAGUUUGAUGCAGCCUACUCGGUACCAGUCACCGCUCCACGCCCUCUUUACCUCCUUAAGGGCGCUAAGGAUCCUCGCUGUCCUCUUGGUGGACUAGUGGUUCCGUUGAAGAGAGCUAAGAAAGCUUAUAAGAAAACUGCAUCUCCUAGAAACUUCAAGUUCGUGGCAGAAAAGGGAGUUGGACACACAGUGACCAGUUUUAUGAUCAAAGAAUCAUCAGACUGGUUUGACAAGUUCCUUAAACAAGGAAACAUGACUUCUAAGUAA